AUGGCAUCAAGCUCAAUGUCUUCUCAAAGAUCAGGCUCGUGGACCGCUAUGCAGAACAAAGCCUUUGAGCAGGCUCUAGCAACCUAUGACCAGGAUACUCCUAACCGUUGGCAAAAUGUUGCAAAAGUUGUGGGUGGCAAAACAACAGAAGAGGUAAAGAGACACUAUGAGCUCCUUGUGCAAGAUAUCAACAGCAUAGAGAACGGCCAUGUUCCUUUCCCAAACUACAACACUAGCAAUGGCAGGCUGAUUCAGGAGGAAAAGAGGUUGAGAAAUAUGAGGCUGCAAUGAAUAAUUAAAUAGAUUAAAGCCAAGAAUGAACCUAAACUACGUGAAUAAAAGAGGAUACGCCGAUCGAUUCUUCUCGUAUUUGCUUUGUAUUUUCCUGUUUCCUAUGUAACCCCAAAACCUUAGACGCUACAAUCGAGGAAUCCAAAUAUUUCGAAUACCCAACUUUUCAAAUCAUUCAAGCUAUUAUGUUAAUGUUUUUUUGUAAAUUGUAAUGAAAAAC